GCCCCCCGUUGCAAAGCAAUAUUUCAUAAGURAUUUCAAGAUGCUUGGCUUGCGAUUUUAACUCGAAUGAGGAGGAAUUUCUCUGAGAAGAUUCAUAAGAAUUACAAUGUUGUUACUGUUUUUUUUUUUUAAUUCAAAAGUCACCUGCAAUAUUUAUAAGAURAAAGAGCCUUUUCGUGAAUUUAUAUUGCGCUAAAUCACCUGUCYGGCCUAGACAAGAAGUAACCAUAACAACAACUGUUGUUGAACUAAGAGGAAAUUACCAGAAAAGCUCAGAUAUUUGSGAUACAGUAUUCCAAGGGGAUUAUUCCAGCCACAUCACUCGAAGGCAACGUAUUUUGGUUGUUAAUAUAACACCGAGCGCUCUUCAAAUUUGAAAAAACCACGGUCCCAGGGACUAAAGUCACUGAGAAAAGAAUCCUGGAGUUUUACCUCUGACAUGGAAACAGCGCAUAACGACGAGACGCCAAUAGSCGAAUCUGAAAACAAAGACACACAAUCUGUACAGAAAGAGGAUUCCUUCAUAAAGAAAUAUUUAAGUGAAAGUUCUGGUGAUGAAGAGGUUGCUAAGAGWSAAGACGAAAAGCAGAAGACCGAAGRAGARACAAGAAAAUCUAAAGAUAUGAARAAGCCAAAACAGGGAUCGAAUCCUGAUGAAAACAAGGAAAAAGGGAAACCAAAGACAGAUUCUUCAAAGAAGAAACAAACUGAAGAAAAACGAAAAAAUAAAACCAAUCGAGAGAUCAAGAGAAACAGUAGGCGUGAACCUUCAACAAAAUGGAAAAACCUUCGGCUCUUUGACGACGAAAGCGAUGAAGAGAUAAAACCACAGAAACAGACACCAAAGCCAAAAAGCGUCGAAAAAAGAGCCAGUCGAAGGAUGACGAUGAUUGAACGAAGAGCUACGAUAGCAGCCCGACCUGAAUCCGAGUACAGCGAGAGCUCGACGGAAAGCGAUGAAGAUGACGAACGAGUGAUGGACGGAAAGAUUAAUGCAGCUGAUCUUCCAUCGGAGUACUGGCAAAUACAAAGAAUGGUGAGAUUUUUAAAGAUUGGAAAUCCCACGGCGACUGUUCUGUGUCUUUGCGCMUUAAAAGACUUCAAUCUAACACAAGAAAUGAGUCAAAUGGCCAUCCGAGAAGUCAACGGUCUUCAAGUCUUGAUCAAUCUGCUUAAAACAGACGAUCACCGGUGUAAAAUWGGCUCGUUGAAUCUACUUCUACCUCUUACUACGAACAGCAAGUACAACAUCAAUACAAUCAUCAGAUUGGGUGGUGUYCCAGUUGUAAUUGAGCUUGUUACUACUGGUGGUCAAGAAAUCCAAGGAUUAGCAGCUGCAACUCUUGCUAACCUAGCGCGAUCAAGUAAAGCUAGAAACAUCUUAAGAAGAUGUGGGGGCAUCAAGAAGAUGGUUGAUCUUCUAAACGUGGAGGCGGAGAAAGGAAGACGAAAGCAAUCCAAAUCGCACGAACAACAGACACUCGACAUGGAAGUUGCUCGGUGUGCUGCGCUUGCGCUGUGGAGUUGUAGUAAAAGCAGGAACAAUAGAACGGCGAUAUUUAAAGCUGGUAGUGUACCUCUCUUAGCAGAGUUAAUUAAGAUUGACAAGGAAGACAUCUUGAUCCCUAUUGUAGGACUGAUGCAAGAAUGCGCUAUCGAGCCACGUUACCGUCAAGCAUUUCAACAGGAGCACAUGAUAGAAGUAAUCGUUCGACACCUAAAAACAGAGAAUGAAGAGCUACAAACGUACUGUGCAAAUGCGAUAUUCAAGUGUUCUGAAGACGAGGAGACGCGUCAGGUGGUCAGACAAUAUGGCGGUCUUGAACCUCUCGUCAGUCUCGUCUCACAAUCACAUAACAAGAAACUUUUAGCUGCGGCUACAGGAGCGAUAUGGAAAUGUUCAGUCAGUCUAGAGAACGCUGAAAGAUUUCUUGACUACAGCAUUGUGGAAUCGCUCACCAAAUUUCUUCAAAAUCCCGAUGAUCCUCAGCCAGAAGAGGUUCAAAUCCACAUUGUUGGUGCUUUGAGUGAAUUUGCCAAAGUCGAGCGAGGAAGAAGAGAAAUCCUUGCAUGUAAGGGUUGCAGAACGCUGAUUGCCUUGUCUUCCACAACCAAUGAGAAGCUGGUGGAGCAAACGUCUUACGCUAUUGCCGCUUGCUCUAAAGACCGAGAGAGCAGAGAUCUAAUGAAUAAUCUUGACGGAUUGAGAUUCCUGUGGUCAUUGUUAAAAUCAAAUAAUCCAAAGGUAGUCGCUAGUGCCGCCUGGGGGAUAUACGGUUUAACAGAGGACUCACCGGAAGCAUGGGAGAACGCACGAUCGUUCGUUGGAGGUCUAGAGCUCAUCGUGACCCUGCUAAAAUCAAACAACAUUGAGAUUUUGACUAGUACGUGUGCAGCCAUUUCCAACAUCGCCAAAGACUAUGAGAACAUUGGAGUAUUAACAGAUUAUGGUGUAGUUCCUUUACUCGCUCAUAUGACAAAUACGGAUAACGUGAAUUUGCGUCGCCAUCUCGCAGAAGCUAUCGCCAGGUGCAGUCAAUGGGGAAACAAUGCCGAGAUGUUUUGUCACGAGGGAGCUGUUCAUGCUAUGGUUGAAUACCUCAGUUUCAAUGACGUAAUUCUAAAACGGUCAGCGGUUCGUGCACUUUUCCAGUUAGCCAGAAAUCCAGAAAGUUGUAUUAUCAUGCAUAGUCAAGGAGUCGUCAAGUCACUAGUAAAGAUGGUAGGGUCAAGAGACGAAGCUCUACAAGAAGCAGCUGCUGGUUGCUUACUUUUCAUCAGAAAACUUGCCAUGGCAAACGCUAAAGCACAAGCUAACGAAGACAACCGAGUUUCUUCUCCUGGUGCAGGCUGAAUGUCAAAUACUACUUUGAAUUGAAUGUGCUUUUAUAUUACUGUAUUUGAAUAAAUAAAAAACUCCAUUUGUAGUGAAUACGACCUUACUCCCUCGGAUGGUAUCAAGUGUUUCCCAUAAUGCCUUUCGUACCUAAGCUAAUAACAUAAUCUUUUCGAUAUUUAAUUAUUCUUUUUCUGACGUUUUUCAAUCCCAUUGUGUAUCUCGUCAAAUUCAUUUGGGAAAAUUACUAUUAUAUAUACGGGUUACUACGAAAAAAAGUAUUAUAACACUGACACCGACCGUCUUACUUAGGAUGAAAAGGAAUGCGUACCUUUCAAGAUGGCGCAGGGAACCGUGGGUGAAGGAGACUAUUUCGGUCUGACAAGGGCGUCCUCAAAAUACAACACAAACAAACUAUGAAAAUAUAUUUUAUUCAAUUGAGAGGGUAUUAUUCAAGACAUAUCAAUCUUCCUUCUAUCAAUAUCUGAUAUGCUUUAAACUAGUCUUCAUCCAUUUUCUCUAUCAAUAAAUAAACUAUUAAAUAAUCUAGAUUCACUAGAUCUAGUGGAUUUAGGAAAUACUUUCCAUUUUUGUCUAUUUUUCAGAAGUUCUACUUCAAUAGGUCGCUUAGAAUGUUGGGAGAUUGGGGCGAGUGUUGAUUUAUUUACGUAACAGAGCCGACACACCAAAUCCGUGAAUCAUUGAUUCAUUGAUGGUAAAUCAUUGAUGGUAAUUCCUUUGUUUCCAACAUUGAAGUCA